AUGGCAGAGACAACUGUCCAGGCACUCGUAACGGCGGACGAGGAAAGAACUCGUGAACUCACUAACUAUAGAAAAAAGCUGGUCGAAUAUAGAGACAUAGAACAGCAGCUGAAACUACUAAGGAAGAAGGAAAGUGAACUGCAAAAAACUUUUGACAAAUGUGAGAACGACAUCAAAUCACUACAAUCAGUAGGUCAGAUUGUUGGUGAAGUACUGAAACAACUCACGGAGGAGAAGUUCAUUGUCAAGGCUACAAACGGACCAAGGUACGUGGUAGGAUGCCGCCGGUCUAUAAAUAAGGAACAACUGAAACAGGGCACACGAGUUGCUCUUGACAUGACCACCUUGACGAUUAUGCGGCAAUUACCUCGUGAAGUGGAUCCAUUGGUUUACAAAAUGUCACACGAAGAUCCAGGUAACAUCACUUAUGCCGAUGUUGGCGGUCUUGCCGAGCAAAUACGUGAGCUCAGAGAGGUUGUCGAGCUUCCACUAUUAAAUCCAGAAUUAUUUCGUCGCGUAGGAAUUACUCCACCCAAAGGAUGUCUACUUUAUGGACCUCCAGGCACUGGAAAAACACUUUUGGCUAGGUCUGUCGUGAAAUUAUUUGGAAUAUCAUUCAAGCUCGUUUCAUCUGCCAUCGUUGACAAAUACAUUGGAGAAUCCGCACGAAUGAUUAGAGAGAUGUUCAACUACGCACGUGAUCAUCAGCCUUGUAUAGUGUUUAUGGAUGAAAUUGAUGCCAUAGGUGGGCGUCGAUUUUCGGAGGGCACUUCUGCCGAUCGUGAAAUUCAAAGAACUUUAAUGGAGUUACUAAACCAGCUCGAUGGUUUUGAUUCACUCGGGAAAGUUAAGGUUAUUAUGGCAACUAAUCGCCCUGACACACUUGAUCCUGCUCUGUUACGUCCUGGUCGUCUUGACCGUAAAGUUGAAAUCCCCUUACCAAAUGAGCAGGCAAGACUUGAGGCAAGUUAUAUUUGUUUGCAGCUCCAUGUUCUGAAAAUUCACGCAAAUCCAAUAACGAAGCAUGGCGAUAUAGAUUAUGAAGCCGUAGUGAAACUAUCGGACGGGUUUUCCUGUGCUGAUCUUCGUAACGUGUGCACGGAAGCGGGUCUCUUUGCGAUAAGAGCUGAGCGUGAAUAUGUGAUCGAAGAAGAUUUUAUGAAGGCUGUCCGCAAGGUUGGUGACGCUAAACGAUUGGAGACAAAGCUGGAUUACAAGCCUGUGUGA